CUUCUUUUUUUUUUGGUUGUUGCCUUACAGAGCAGAGCACUUUGAAACGAUGGACUUACCAGAAACUAUCAGAAGACGUUUGGAGGACCUUUCUCGGAACGUCUUUGUGGACCAGAGUCAGGCUCCGUCGAAGGAGAGGCGCACGUCUUCAGCGCACGACAGGCGUGUUUUGUCCAGCCUGCCCCUCCAGAUGUCUCUCUUCUUUAACAUGUGGUUCUUCCCCUUGUGGUGGAUCAGUGAAACUGUCAUGUUGCACCUUAAAUAUUCUGCUUUGCCGGACUACUACAAGUUCAUCUUGGUGACUGUCCUUAUCCUGAUGACUGGGAUUGAGGCCAUUAGACUCUAUCUUGGUUAUGUGGGCAACAUGCAUGAAAAGGUGGCAGAGUUGGCUGGUUUUUGGCUGUUGAGCAUCCUGCUGCAGUUGCCACAAAUCCUCUUUCAGCUCUUCAAUGAAGGCAUUCUCAUACAACCGCUGGAAAGAGGUGUUCACAUUGUGCUAGCUCUUUUCAUCCUCACUCAGGCCGUCGUUGGUUUUGUGGCUCUGCGGGACUUGGUCAGACACACAGAAAGUCAAUUCCAUCUGCACCAGUUUGACUGAAACAUCCAUUUAUCAACUUUUGGAACAAGCACCUCAUUGAUUCAUUCAGAGAGAAAACAUAUUUAUUUUUUUGUAUUUUAGUCAGCAUAUUUCACCUGCAAUUGUGAUAUGGUUUUGUGUACAUUUGUAAAUAAUAAAAACAUUAUAAAUGGA